AUGACACUAAUUUCUGAUGAGAUGGAGAGAAUUGACAUUGUUGGAACAAAUAAAAACUUGUGUGGUUGCAAACUUAGGUCAACAUGUGAGUUGCCUUGUGCUUGUAAAUUGAGUGGAUAUACAACCAGCGGUGUACCGAUACCCUUAGAUUCAGUUCACGGUCACUGGAAGAAAUUAACUAUGGAAGAACCAUUGGAGGAUGACACAGAGGAUGGAUAUGAGUUGGACAUGAGUAAUGCAAUGGAGGCCAUAUGGACUCGAUUUCGGUCACUUGAUAUUGUUGGUAAAAGAGCGUUGAAGAGUAAAGUGUUUGAACUUGCUUAUCCAGCCUCAAGUUCAUUGUGUCCACCACCUGAAAAAAUAAAAACCAGAGGAGGAGUGAAGAACAAAAAUAAAGGCAAAGCACCAAAAGGUUAUGAUGUGUAUCGUGAUCCAUCAUACUUUGAACACGUUGAAAGAGAAUAUGGUGAUUCACAAGGUACAUCGAAGAGGUUGUGUAUGAUAAGUGCCAAAAAGUAG